AAUUUAGCAAUCAUUUUCGAUCAAAGAGUGAGAAAAAAGAAAGUGCGAAAGCGAAAAUCAAAAGAGAGUUAUGGAGAGAAGAAACGUACCGUUGAACAAUCCGCAUCAUUCCACCGCCGAUCUUCUCUCUUGGUCUGAGAUCCGUCUUCCCGACUCUUCCUCCGCCGCGAAUCGCUCUAACCAGGCGUCCGAUGAUAUCAGCGAGGUCCUUGGUGGCUGUCAAAUCACCAACAAGGAAGCCGAAUCUCUGAAUAAGAAUGUUUCUUAUAGGAAGAACUGUUCUGGGCACAAGCUUAAAGAAAUGACUGGUAGUGACUUAUUCUCUGAUAAUGGUAAAGAUGAACCAAUUCACAAGACAAUAAACCACUACCAUCAUGAACAGGAUAGCCAGAUAUCUUUUAGCGGUGAAGAGAAUGUGACCCCUAAGAAACCAGCCACUUUAACCGAGGCUGCGAAGCAAAAGGAGUUGAGCAGGUCCGUACAAACCGAAGCAGAUUCGAAGAGCAAGAAGAAGCAGAUAUCGAACUCCAAGACCAAGUCAAUCACUGGUCAUGACAUCUUUGCGUCUUCUCUUCCUCCUCCUGAAAGCCAACCUCGCCGCUUAUCAUCUGCGACAAAACAUGAAGUUAAAGGAAGUAAGAACACGGAGGAAUCUGCGCCAAGGAGCUUGUGUGCAUCUACUAAAGCCUCUAAUGGGCAAAGCGGUGGUAACAGACUGGUUACUGAAGAACAUGCUUUGAAGUCAUCAAGGAAGAUACACAACCCAAAGUCUCAGGAACUCACAAGCAAUGGUAUCUUCAAAUCGGAUAAAAUCCCUCCUGGUUAUUCGGAGAAGAUGCAUAGCUCAGCUAAAUUGCGGGAAAUGAGCGGACACAACAUAUUUGCUGAUGGGAAGUCGGAAUAUCGAGAUUACUAUGGUGGUGCGAGGAGACCUCCCGGUGGUGAGAGCAGCAUUUCAUUGGUCUAAAAUGAGUCUUUUUGACUCUGCGUAAAUCUCAGGCACUUAAGAUCUGUUCAAGUUUUUAGGUUUUUUAGGAUCUAGUUUUUUAAGUUCGUGUGGUCUUUUGUCUGAUCGUUGUCACUCCUAAUAUAAAACUUCAACAUGUGUUCUCUU